AUGGCAAGUCGUGAUGAUGAGUAUGAUUAUUUAUUUAAAGUGGUUUUGAUAGGAGACUCUGGAGUAGGAAAAAGUAAUCUUCUUUCACGUUUCACAAGAAAUGAAUUCAAUUUGGAAUCGAAAUCAACAAUAGGAGUAGAAUUUGCUACAAGAAGUAUUCAAGUCGAUGGGAAAACAAUAAAAGCUCAGAUUUGGGACACAGCAGGUCAAGAGCGUUACAGAGCAAUCACUUCUGCUUAUUACAGAGGUGCCGUAGGAGCGUUGUUAGUUUACGAUAUAGCGAAACAUUUAACAUAUGAAAAUGUUGAAAGAUGGCUUCGCGAGCUAAGAGAUCAUGCCGAUCAAAACAUUGUUAUUAUGCUUGUGGGUAACAAAAGAGAAUAUUCCAGAUAA